AUGGAAAGAUCCACUCGAGGGCUCCGGCGCAACGCCCUCCAAAAACUCGCCGCCCUUUCAGCAAAAGAACCAUCUACAGGUUCCCCAAAUGCCGAUCUCGAACGUCUCUCGGAAGGUUGUGUAUCCCACAGCACCCGUUACGUCAAUGGCGGCAUCAACGGGUUUUCCAACCGACCUACAAACACCAGCGACAUCCCUAUGUCCCUCCGCGAAUUUGAAGUGCUCCUCGCACUUUGCAAAGCUGUCCCACAGCUCCAAUCCCUUGACGAAGCAGAGAGACUUCGUCGUCAGCUUUCACCAUACCUAAUAGAAUCGUACAACCAGCGUAUCGCCGCUACCCCGUUUUUCCGCGAGAUCAAACCGAGUCCGUGGGAAUCCCUCACCUCCCACCUCACCUCAGCUCUCCUCUCAUUGGGCUUCAAGUUUCCAAGCUUAAGACCCGAGGUUCUGGAGACUAUUAAUGUCUACCUUUCAAACGCAGUUGACCACUCCCUGUGCGAGCUCGAUGAAGAGGAAAUGCUCGUGUUUGCACCCCCAGUGCUUUCGUUUCUCGGGUUCCUAGAUGGGACUGCGAAGAACAUCAAUUUCUGGUGGUCGGCAGACCCAGAGCACUCCUCAGCACCCUUCGUAAGUCAGGUUCGCAGGGUGCUGAAUGACGACUACCUCAAGAACGUGGAGAUCGUGUUUUCCAACAUUCGCGCCUCACAGGAGGAGGAGGUUCGGAUCUGGAAGACAUGCGUAGAAAACUAUGACUCGUCUAAUCGCCCUGUCGGUGCGAUGUUGCUUCAGCACGGAUUUACAAAAUUCCUUGCUGCCUCUACGGCCCUUUUGGUCGUUGAUACACCCGUGCCUCAGCAGCUGGGGAUCCUCGACGCUAUGAUGUCCGAGCGAGGAGUUCCUCAAGCUAACGCAGAUAAAUCGUGUGCUGUGGAGCCACUCUCCGAACUCGCGGUCGAGGUAGUCCAGCUGCUUGAGAACGGGGUGGAUUAUGGAAUAGAGGCGUGGCAGCAAAGUUUGGGAUACAGCGUGAAAGCUCAGGCAUUGACUGCCUACGCUUGCUGUGCAUUCUUGUCUGGAGAAAUGGUGGAUGAUGAUCUUCUUAACAGCUGGCUCUCCACAAUCAUUACAGAUCCAGUGCAGAUGGGUAACCAUGAUCUUGCCUCGGCAACCCUGAAGAUUCUUGCUUUUGCCUCUAAGAACGAUGCACGAGCUGCGCCAAACUUUAUCAGCACACUUCACAAGCUUAUCGUGGAGGGUACGCCAAAUCCUGAGACUACAAAGGUGGCCGGGAAAUGUCUGGCGUAUGUAUUGCGUUACCAGCCGCAAGACGCUACAAUAACCACUCUAAAUACACUUGGACAUGUCUUGUCUUCAAACAACCCAGAAAAGGCAUUGAAAGCUGGAGGAUUACGGCCGUUUGAUGCGACGGCGAGCUCAUUGUCUUUGGUAACCAGUGGGGAAGAAGAGAAGGGUGUUUACGCGGUAAUUAUAGAGACGAUCGUCGGCGUUGUUGAGAGCUGUCGGGACGAGAAGAUGGUGUCACUCGGUCAAAGCAUCAUGAUACAGAGACUGAACAAGGUCAACGCCCUGGUUAAUGGCAGGAUUCUCGGAGGAUUGGCACAGCUAGCGGUUAUUGGGGCUGUGGCGGAUUUCAAGGGUGUAUUGCAGACCAUAAAUAAGAUGGGUAUUGAUGCAGUGAUAGCGGAUGACCACCAGGUCAUGGCGGCUGUCCUUAAUGCACGCAUGUCCAUGGCCAAAAACAUCCCUCGCGAUUCGCAACUCUACGAUGUUUAUCUUAAUGACCUUCUUGAAUCCGCUAGCGCGAUCGGAGGUGCCAAUGCAGACCCACAAUUGGCUCCCCGAGAGCUAAGUCAGUUGAUCAGCCCUCUUGCCCGCCUUCUCUCCUCUAAUGGGUUUGAAACCAACUUUGCUCUCCGCUAUGAUGUUGUUGCGGGGCUGUUACGUGAUUUCUGGUUCAACUGCGCACAGUUAGGGGUCAUCCAGGGCUCUGAAAUCUUGAAAAGAUAUAACGUUGAUUUCCAGAUAAUUGCUCAGUACUCACCUCCGCUGGUAUCCGGUAUCAACGAGGAUGAGACUUUGGAGAAUAAACUGGAUCAGAUGCCUAUCUUGAAGAGAGGAGUAGUCCCGCAGAGUACGGUGGAGCACAAGAGGCGCCUUGUGGUUAUGCUUCCCUCCAAUGAAGUUGACAUCAGGACCAUCAGCCACCCCCGAACGAUAUUUUUGGAAGCGGCAAAUACGCUCGAAUGUCUCCGGGCUGAGGGCGGAAGCUACUCUAAGGUACUGGCGUACUUUGUUGAGUCUGGUUUCAAGGCUGGUGAAGGUAGCAACUGCAUGAUCACGAUCGCAUCAAAAGUUACGGAUCUCUACAUGCGGAGGGUUCUCUCCGGGAACUAUCCGCAGUUCUCCGCAGGCCGUGCAGCGGAAGAGCUGGCAGAGGUUUUUAUAGGAUGUUGUCAUCGACUUGAGAAGGUUCAGGCAAUGGCAAUAAAUACGGCUGAUCGUAUGAUCGCUGCUAUUCCCUCUUCACUCUGUCAACGGGCGUCGUUGUUUGCGUUGCUGGAAUUAUUGACGCUUCUGUGGAUUUCAUGCUUGGACGAGGAGACAGACGAGUAUACUACUCGAUCCACGUUCACUUCUUCAAAGGGCAAUGUCUCUAUUGAGCUCCCUGAUAACUACCCAUUCAGACGCAAGACCUUGAACGCUUUCAAGAGUCGUGCGAAGGGGUGGGUCCAAAAGGUGCUAAAUAUCGCACCUUUGGAUGUUAAGGGCCUGUUGCAGACAUAUCUCUCCGAAUUUGAAGGGGAGGAUGAGGGCUCCUUUGGGCAUGUCUCCUUGGGCCGCUCCUUCGCACUCGAGAUGGGAUCAAUGGUCCCAAGCGGUGACCAGAAGUUGGCAAGCAUUGAACAUCUAGGUGACUGUGAGGCGAACACUGCUAGUGAUUUCGUAAUGCAGUACACUACCAGACAAGCAUACAGGUACAUUGAUUCGUCUGUGGAUAAUUCAAAAGACCUAGUGUUUAGACCACUAGGAGCAAUGAACACAAAUGCUGGACAACUACCAAGACCGGAUUCAGCGCAGGCAGUGUUGGACCAGAUGGAGAGUAAGGAUUAUGAGAAGGAGUUUGUACCGAUUGAAGAGGUGAGGGAUGUACUCAAAAAAGCGGCAGCGCUGGUUUGUAGAAGUGAGAAGGACCAGGGACCGCUCAUUCGUGGGCUGGUCGGGAUCCCGUUCUCAAUGUUUACGAAGAAGAGCAUCAACCUUGGAAUCUCACUUUGGACAGGUAUCAUUCAUGAGAAGCCAAAGUUGCAGACAAGAAUGCUUGCGGAGAUUGCUAGGAAUUGGGAGAUGACGGUGGAGAAGAGAAUGGGGCUGUACUCACCCGAGUUGGUUGCUCCUGACGCUUUUGAUAUGAGGAUGGAAUACGCUCCCAGCGAUAAGGAGCAGCAGCUCCAGGACCAGCACAAUGCGUCGGAGCUUCUGACUCCCCAUUUGAAACUACUACACCUAUUGUCGAGUCAUUAUCACGCAAAUCGACAUGGUAACCCGCACAUUCAGCAAAUCUUCCUUAGGCUUGUUAGGAUCUCGUUGGCGGGUCUGCAUCAUGCUACUGGCCAUCCUCUCGCGAGAGAGAUUAGAUUCAGACUGGUUUUUUUUGGUCUUCAGGUGUUGCGUUAUAGCACAGGCUUGAAUGAGCGUCAGCAGAUUGCAUUUAAAGACCUCAUAUUGUCUGCUGCGUUGUCGUGGUUUACUUUUGCGCCGAGAUGGAGCUUUGGUGGUAAUAAGCUCCAGGUAAAGGCGGAGGCUCAUGUGCUACAGGAUGUCGCAAACUUCAUCAAUACCAUGGCAAAUAUCGGUGGCACCAACAAGAACAUGAGGUUGAAGCAAGAUCUUCUACUAUUAUUGGUGGAGAAUGAGCAGACUAGAUUGGCAACCUGGCUGUAUCCGCUUGACCAUUCGAGGAAGCACCAUUUGCUGCCCACAUACACUGCGCGCCCAGCUACAGAUAACAGUAUUGCGAUUCUGCUUCCAGCGGCGUGGCACGAGAACCCGGCGAUUGCGGUGCAGCUGUCUAAGCGGUUCCAGAGCCCCCGACUGGAACAAGAUAUUAGGCGCCUUGUUACGACCUAUCCUGAGAAGGUUGUGGACCAGCCGGAUGCCGUGCAGAUUAUGAUGGGAGAUAAGAUUGCUAGUGGGCUUGGAUUCCAGUUGAAGUAUCUCCUCUUCUGGGCGCCAGUUAAUCCUAUUACAGCCACAACUUAUUUCUUGCCCUCGUAUGCGAACAAUGCGUUUGUGCUGCAGUAUGCGAUGAGGUCGUUGGAGAGUCAUAGCAUUGACGUGACAUUCUUUUACGUUCCGCAGAUUGUGCAGACGUUGAGAUAUGAUACUUUGGGUUAUGUUGAAAGGUUCAUCCUGGAGACUGCCAAGUUCAGUCAGUUGUUCGCACAUCAAAUUAUCUGGAACAUGAAGGCGAAUGCUUUCAAGGAUGAGGACUCCACUAUUCCGGAUCCGAUCAAGCCUACGCUUGACAAAGUUAUGGAGCAUCUUGUCAACAGCUUCUCAGGCGUAGACAAAAAUUUCUACGAGCGUGAAUUCUCAUUCUUCAACGAAGUGACCUCUAUCUCUGGAAAGCUCCGCCCCUACAUCAAGAAGACCAAGCCCGAGAAAAACGCAAAGAUCGCCGAGGAGCUCGCAAAGAUCCAGGUCGACGUCGGAGUUUACCUUCCGUCCAACCCCGACGGUGUCGUCGUCGAUAUUGACAGAACCAGUGGUAAAUCAUUGCAAUCUCACGCAAAGGCGCCAUUCAUGGCGACCUUCAGAAUCAAGAAGAAGCCCAUCCUUUCGUCACAUGAGGACACAACUGUGGGUGGCCACAAGAGACGCCAGGAGAGUCAGAGCACCAUCACCAAGGAGGUCUGGCAGGGUGCUAUCUUCAAGGUUGGAGACGACUGUAGGCAGGAUAUGUUGGCUCUGCAGCUCAUCUCUGCGUUCAGGAGUAUCUACAAUAGCGUGGGAUUGGAUGUCUAUGUGUUCCCGUACCGUGUUACUGCUACUGCACCGGGUUGCGGUGUCAUUGAUGUUUUGCCGAAGUCGAUCUCUAGAGAUAUGCUUGGGAGAGACUACGAGAUGGGGCUCUACGAUUACUUCAUUAGCAAGUAUGGUAGUGAGGAUAGCAUCAAGUUCCAGGAGGCGAGGAACAACUUUGUCAAGAGUAUGGCCGGCUACUCGGUCAUCUCUUAUCUGUUGAAGUUUAAGGAUCGUCACAAUGGUAACAUCAUGUUGGACGAGGCUGGGCAUAUUUUGCAUAUCGAUUUCGGUUUCUGCUUCGACAUUGCUCCGGGUGGUAUCACUUUUGAGAGAGCCCCGUUCAAGCUUACUGCAGAGAUGGUCUCGGUCAUGGGAGGCACGACGGAUUCCCAGGCUUACUUGAGGUUUGAGGAGCUAUGUAUCAAGGCGUUUUUGGCGGUUAGACAGUAUGUCGAUAAGUUGGCGCAUUGUGUCAUUUUGAUGUUGGACAGCGGAUUGCCUUGCUUUAAGCCUGAGACUAUUCAGAACUUCAGAGAUCGUUUUGUGUUGGAGAAGAGCGAGAGGGAGGCUGCGGAUUACGUGAGGUAUCUGGUCAAGAAGAGUUAUAGCAGUUUGUCGACUGGACAGUAUGACAGGUUCCAGCACUUGACGAACGGUAUUCCCUAUUAA